GCACCGAGCUCCGUCGUCUCGUUUCCGGCCAUCGCGCGCUCUUUUCUUGGGACGGUAGAGGCCGUGUAGCGUCGCCGUUACUCUGAGGAAAGAACAGUCGGUAGAGGGUACCAUGGUUAGGGGGCAGUGAAUUUAUUACUCAGAAAUUUCUGCACAUAUUUCCAAGUUCCAUUGGUGGUCGUCAUCUGAAGGUUCAAAAAUGCAGAGCAAUAAAACCUUUAACUUGGAGAAGCAAAACCAUGCUCCAAGGAAGCAUCAUCAGCAUCACCACCAGCAGCACCACCAGCAGCAGCAGCAGCAACAGCAGCAGCAACAGCAACAGCAGCAGCAGCAGCAGCAGCCACCGCCACCACCAAUACCUGCAAACGGACAGCAAGCCAGCAGCCAAAAUGAAGGCUUGACUAUUGACCUGAAGAAUUUUAGGAAACCAGGAGAGAAGACCUUCACCCAGCGUAGCCGGCUCUUUGUGGGAAAUCUUCCUCCUGACAUCACUGAGGAGGAAAUGAGGAAACUAUUUGAGAAAUAUGGGAAAGCAGGCGAAGUCUUCAUUCAUAAGGAUAAGGGCUUUGGCUUUAUCCGCUUGGAAACAAGAACCCUAGCGGAGAUUGCAAAAGUAGAGCUGGACAACAUGCCACUCCGUGGAAAGCAGCUGCGUGUGCGCUUUGCCUGCCAUAGUGCAUCCCUUACAGUUAGAAACCUUCCUCAGUAUGUGUCCAACGAACUGCUGGAGGAAGCCUUUUCUGUGUUUGGCCAAGUGGAGAGGGCUGUUGUCAUUGUGGAUGAUCGAGGAAGGCCCUCAGGAAAAGGCAUUGUUGAAUUCUCAGGGAAGCCGGCUGCUCGGAAAGCUCUGGACAGAUGCAGUGAAGGCUCCUUCCUGCUAACUACAUUUCCUCGCCCUGUGACUGUGGAGCCCAUGGACCAGUUAGAUGAUGAAGAGGGACUUCCAGAGAAGCUGGUUAUAAAGAACCAGCAAUUUCACAAGGAGCGGGAGCAGCCACCUAGAUUUGCACAGCCUGGCUCCUUUGAGUAUGAAUAUGCCAUGCGCUGGAAGGCACUUAUUGAGAUGGAGAAACAGCAGCAGGACCAAGUGGACCGCAACAUCAAGGAAGCUCGCGAGAAACUGGAGAUGGAGAUGGAGGCUGCUCGCCAUGAGCACCAGGUCAUGCUAAUGAGGCAGGAUCUGAUGAGGCGUCAAGAAGAACUUCGGAGGAUGGAAGAGCUGCACAACCAAGAAGUACAAAAACGAAAGCAACUGGAGCUUAGGCAGGAGGAGGAGCGCAGGCGCCGUGAGGAAGAGAUGCGGCGACAGCAGGAAGAAAUGAUGCGGCGACAGCAGGAAGGAUUCAAGGGAACCUUCCCUGAUGCGAGAGAGCAGGAGAUACGAAUGGGCCAGAUGGCUAUGGGAGGUGCUAUGGGCAUAAAUAACAGAGGCGCCAUGCCCCCUGCUCCUGUGCCUGCCGGUACCCCAGCUCCUCCAGGACCUGCCACUAUGAUGCCAGAUGGAACCUUGGGAUUGACCCCACCAACUACCGAACGCUUCGGCCAAGCUGCUACAAUGGAAGGAAUAGGGGCAAUUGGUGGAACCCCUCCUGCAUUCAACCGUGCAGCCCCUGGAGCUGAAUUUGCUCCAAACAAACGUCGCCGAUACUAAUAAAAUUGCAUUGUCUAGUUUCCCAAAACCCGUAAGAGAAGGACCCUUUUUGGACUAGCCGGAAUUCUACCCUGGAAAAGUGUUAGGGAUUCCUCCCAAUAGUUAGGUCUUCCCUGCCUGUACUACUCUCGGGAGUAUACUGGAGGCAGAGGGCAAGGGAGGGGUGAUAUUUAACAAAUGAAUUCUGUGUGGUAUAUCAUUUAAUCAUAUCUUUGUGGUGCAUUCCUGAAGUCUCAUGUGAUUAUUGAGGGCCUGGGAGGGAGGGAACAAUGGCAAAGUGGAUCCAGUUAGAGCCCCCAUUAAUCUUGAUCAUUCCAUUCUUUGUUUAUCUUGUAUUUGCUUUCUCAUUCUUAAACUCCCCAACCCCACAGACACUGCCAUAUAUAUAUAUAUAUAUAUAUAUCUAUAGAUAUAUAUCUAUAUCUAUAGAUAUAUAUCCAUAUCCAUAUAUGUGUGUUGCCAUAUAUAUAUAUAUACACACACACACAUACAUAUAUACCACAAAACCCACAAACAUCCCCCAAUGACCUUAAGCCCAUCCCUCCAUUCACUCCCAGGUGGGAAUUCAGGCAAAUGUCCACAGAGGUCACAGAUAACAUGCAUACGGUUCUGUUAUAUCCCAUAUAAUCCCUUCAUGUCCUAAGGAAGACAUUUUCUCUUAGAGAUUUUCAUUUUAGUAUAUCUUUUAAAAAGAAUAUUGUGUUAACUUGCCUCCAUCUUUUUCUUGGGUAAGGACAACCCAGGAAUGGCUGUUUUGUGUCUGAUGUCGCUGUUCACAGCUUUUCUUGAUAGGCCUAGUACAAUCUUGGGAACAGGGUUGCUGUAUGCUGAAUGUCGGACAGUAGCUCUUAGCCUUGCCUAUCUUAGGUAGUUAUGCUGUGCAUUUUUUUAAUUGGUGUACCAUGUUUGAUUUGUCCCUGAUACCUCUGGAGUUUUUCUGGAAAAUGGAGCAGUAAUGCAGCAUCAACUUAUUAAAAUACAU